AUAUGUUUCUACAUAAUAGCUAAUAAAACAAUAAACUAAUAAAUUAUUUCGAAUUACAGAAAUAAGAUGAUGAAGAAGAAAUUGAAUAAUUUAAAAAUUAAGGACUUUUUGAAAAUAAUCCUUUUCAAAAUUUUCAAUAUAAUCAAUUUAAUACUAAUUAUGAUUAAUAUGAAAAAAUAUACAACUAAAAAAUCUCUGAAUAUUAAAGACUUAUAAUAAAUUAAGAUAAUACUUAAUAUCCAUUAAGGUAUUCUUAAAUAAACAUAUAAUCAGUAGAAGACUUUAACUUUUUAGAAAACAAUAAUAAUAAUGAAUUUUUAUAAUAAGAUAACUAAGAAUUAGAUUUUCAAUUAACAACUACUAGUUAAUAAUCUAUAAAUUAUAAAAUACUAGAAAUAAAUUAAACAAAUAUAUAAAAAACAGCAGAAGAGAAAUUAAAAAAUAUUCCUAAUGAAAAAAUAAUAUAAAAAAAGGAAAAAUAAUUAAAUAUUAAAAAAAGAAAAUAAUAAGAUAAUAAAUAUUUGAAUCAAUUUAAUAGUUCUACAGUUAAAAAAACUAAAAAAUCUACUAAUUAUAAUUUAAACUCAAAUUAUACAGUUAAAAAAGAUUAGGUUUAAGAAAAUAAUGACCUUUAAAUAUAAAAUUUUAAAGAAAUUAUACAAAAAUUACCUAAUGCGUAUUUACCUUUUACUAAUAAUCAAUAAACAGAAUAAUAGACACUUUAAUAUUUAAAAAAAUGGCACAAUGUAUAAUAAAAUAGUAUAUAAGAUAUAAAAUUACUUCUUCCUGAUAAUUAUUAAUAAAUAUUUGAAAUAAAUAUAAAUACUAUUUUGAGAAAUAUUUUCAUAUUAAAUGGGGUAUGUACAAACAAUAAAAAAAGACAUUUUUUUUACAAUUCUUUUUAUAAAAUGACAAAUGAAAAAUUAGAAAAAUAUAGAAAAAAAAAGAAAAAAUGUAGAAAAUAAAUAAAUAUUAAAUUAUUAAAAUAUUAAAAAAAAAAGGAGAACAAAUUAAUAAUAAAAAUGCUUUAAAAAAAAAUUCACUGA